AUGUCUGGCAAAACCUGCGACAAGCAUGGCGCAUACUCGGGCAGCAGCUGCACCUUCUGCUGGAACACCGAAAAGCCCAUCAAAAAGUCCAGCAGCACCGAGCGCCGCCGCCACGACAGGGGCAGCGACAACUCCUCGGCCAUGUCUGGCGAGAAGAUGUGCGAAGUUCACAAGGUCACCUACUCCGGAAAGGUCUGCACCUUUUGCAUCGACGCCAGGAACCGCCUUGACGACCUGAGCAUGCUUGACCCUGCUGAGGGACUGGCUCACGCUGAGCAGAUGGAUGAGUGCGGUGGUCUCCACCGGCCCCCGAUGAUGAACUAA